AACAGUAAAGCAGUAGUAAAUUAUAAAGAUGAGUUUAUGGUGGUGAAACAGAGAAUAUAAAUAUACCUCAGUUAUUAGGUGUUGUAUUGGUAAUGAGGUGAAUGACGAGAGAUCGAUAAUAUUAUAGCAUUAGUAAAUGUCUAAGUAAUAAAUCAAGCAUAAUUACAGUGGUGUGAGUGUCAUAAAAAGAUGGAUCUACAAAAACCAAGGUUUCUUAUAGGAGGUGUACUUGGAGCAAUUACUUUAGCUGGAAUUUAUGUUCUUUGGGGUCCUACUGUAGCAAAGAAGAGAAAUUUUAGAGGUUAUGUUCCAGGCCUUCAUAAUCUUGGAAAUUCAUGCUUUCUGAAUGCUGUCCUACAAGCAUUGUCUUCUUGUGAAACUUUAAUCAGAUGGCUUGGUCAUACAGCUUCUUUCCCAACAGACCAGACAACAUCUUAUUUGGACAAAAACAAGAGCUUGAUAUCGGUGUUACUGAAAACUCUCUUAGAGUUGAAUUAUUAUGAAAGCACAGCAUGGAAGCAAGAUACUUGUAGUCCAGCAGAUGUGAUCGGUGCAUUACGUUCACAUCAUUGGAUAAUAAGUAGUGAUGAACAGGAUGCCCAUGAACUCUUUCAUGUUCUAACAACAACACUUGAAGAGGAAAUUAGCCAGUGCCAUUCUAUUCCUUCACUACUGGAUGUUAGAGCUUUACAGUAUCCUGUGUGCUUUGAUGUCUUUGACAGCAUAUCACUGCCCUUGCCAAAUUCUUUCUGGGGUCACUUAAGAAUUCAAGAUUGUCUUCAAAAGUUUAUCAGUACAGAAUGCAUUCAGGAUGUUGAUUGUAAAGAAUGUAACUUGAGGAGGAAACAAAAAAUGCUAGAAGACAAAUCCAAUGCUUCAGAGAAAUCACAGUUUACCAAAAGGCUCAUGAUUGGAAAGCUUCCAGACUGCUUAUGUUUCCAUCUUCAGAGGACAAUCUGGUUGUCAGAUGGGAUGCCCACAAAAAGAGGGGAUCACAUAGUUUUCCCAGAGUUCCUUAGUAUGGCUUCAUACAUAUACCCUUACUGUCAGAAGUAUCAGAGUUGUAAUAUGAAGUCCAAAUCUAGACUUGUUGGUGGAAGAACCUUGGAAAGCUUAAAAACACACAUUAGCCCUUCAACAUAUGUGAACUCAGAGAAAAAUCCUGAUACCUCUUUAAUAUCAUUAAAUGGCAGUGGAUAUUCAGCCCAGAAAAACACCUAUCAACUGAAAUCAGUGAUUGUUCACCUUGGUGAUGUAUUCUCUGGACACUUCCUCACAUAUCGAAGAGGUCCUCUCCACACAUCAGCUUAUAACAGGUGGUUUUGUGUGUCUGACACCUUAGUAAGAGAAGUGCCUAUCUCAGAAGUCCUACAGUCUUCAGUUUACAUGCUGUUUUAUGAAAGGUGCCAACAAAGACAUUAAGUAAUAAACUGUUGUUGAAUUCAAAUGUUAGUUUGGUAUUUUGCCUGUCAUCAGAUAUACCAAAAGUAAUAUUAGGUUGUACACUUAGCCAUUAAAGCAAUGUGGUAGCUAUGAUUAUGUAAGUAUAAUGAGAAGAUAAUUGUAUGCAAAAUUCUGUCAUAUAUCAGAGUGAAAAAUGAACAUGCUGUUUACGAGGAGUAAGUUAUUGAGUUUAGCACAUGUUUCAUCAAAAAUGAUAAUUAUGAUUAGGAUAAAAUAAUAAAUCAUUAUGAAAAGUCUUUGGAGGGGAGCCAAUGAUUUGCUUUAACUUGUAAAACAGAUGCGUAAUAUAAUGAUGGUAUUGUCAUGUUAAGAAUGGACAGUAUUGGUAGAACAUUCAUUAUUAUGAAACAAUAUAAGUUAAACAGCAACUAGUAUUGUAGUAUGCAAGUUCCAAAAUUUUGAAACAUUUAUUGAAAACUUUAAAGAGUCUUUCCCAAAAGGAUGAUGAAGUUAAUUAGAAAAUUUAAUUCAUUGUUUUCAGGUUAACUAUUUACCAUAACAGCUUUGUUGCAAAAAUUAUAUAAAAACAAAAUAAAGUACAUCAUACAUGUUUUGCGAAGCAUCGUGUAUUUUAUGUACCAUUUCUAGAAAUUAUUAUGAAUAAUUUUUCUGUUUCCCUUCAUUUUGAGAAAGCUCCUCCAUUUUAAUGCAUAUAGAAUUUUCAUUAUCACUUGAUUUAUUAUAUAUAUAUAUAUAUUACUCUUUUGAAAAGAAAAGAAAAACAUUAGGCCAUCUUUACAACCUCAGUAAAAGAAGAACACUCACAUUAGUCUGUGUAUAAAAACAUCUAAGUACUGUUACAAUUCAUUUUGGUUGCUUUUGAAAUUGUUUGCAUUUCUGUUAAGUAUGAGUGAUCUGUUGUUUAUUAUUUAUUGUUCUUCAGUAUUGGCUUUCUUUUUAAUGUGUUGAUGCUCAGAGCAUUUUAUGUAUCACCCAGUGUUUUAAAUACAUAAAUAUGAGGAGUUUUUUUUUUAAAUAAACAGCCAUGAAUUUAAACUUUUAUACAUAUUAACAAGUGAUCUCUGACUUAACUAGAAAAUAUUUGCUAAACUGCUCUGAGCCAGUUAAUUGUAGAAUUUUGUUGUAUUUUCUGCAAAUUUGUCAGAAUACAGGAUGAAUGGAAUGAUGUAGAACAAUUAUGAAAAAAAGAACUUAUGAAGAUAUAAUGGCUUUUGAA